AUGGGUAAGGACGGCGGCGGAAAGGACCUUUUCUCGCCAGCUACAAUUCCCCUCAAUUGCAAUACGCCAAUAAUCGAUAGAGAGACUGAAGAACAAAAGACUAAAUCAGAGAGUACAAAACUAUCAGAUCUAACGGAAGAAGAAAUUCGUACUUAUUUUUAUCUGUUCGAGGGCCCUCGUAGUCCUACUGGGAGUAAGUCUGAUGAAUCAGAGUCUAAAGAAUCAGAGACUGAAGAAUCAGAGGAUGAAGGAUGUUUUAUUGGGAUCCAAAAAAAAAGAAAAGGGUGCAUGCGGCUUCUCUAUUUACGUAAUAUCUAUGUAUUUGUUGUUAUUCCAUGUAAUAUGCUCACAAUACUGAUUUUUGGGUUUUAUCAUCUUCAUUCAUUCAUUGUCUUUAAAAAAUGAUUGUUUUUAUUGCUUUCGUUGUAUUUAACAAUGGAUUUACAAAUUUCGC